AUGAACUUUCUUGAGAAGAUGGAUUUAUCUCUUUGGGAUCCACCUGAAAAUCAAGUCUUCACAGAUGAAAGCAGCUAUCCAAGUUGGGAGUAUAACUUGUAUUUCGAUCCGAGGCUUGACGUGAUCGAGGCAGAUGCUUUAAACAAGAAAUCAUGUCUGGAAGUGUUGAAGAUACAGGCAAACAAAGCUGAUUCAGAAAUUGGAGAACUUGAAGAUGAUAAACUUAUGCUCCAGAGACAACUUGCCUGUGAAGAUGGUUUUGCUGCAUUGAAUAACCUGGAGAGCAUGCUAAAGCCUUUAAAGAAUGAGAAUCAGCAGCUUGCAGGAACAACUCUAGAGGAGAGACAUGCUGCACAACAAGCAACCAAAGAAUAUAGCAGCAAUUCAACAGGGAAUGGAGUGAAGGCUGUUCACAUUAAUGAUCUAUCUGUGGUGCAUGCUGGAACUGUUCCUACUAUAGAAGACACACGACCGCGUCUAUUGAAUUCUAUAAGAGGUGACAGAAACAAUCCACAAAGAAAGUUAAUGGGUGGAGGUGAGUACUACGGUGACAACACCAUCAAGGGAACUCAACAACAACUGGCUGGAGCCAGAGCUGGUGGUUUUGCAGGCAUUAGUGCAACUUCUCAGUUCCACUUUAGAAGGAGGAGCGAAACAAGUUUUUGUGUACCAGUCGUACAAGAGAAUAACAAUCAGAGGAAUGCUCAAAAUAUGUUGGUAAGAUCACAUGACAGAACAAGUCAAGCGCCUCGGAAUGUUCAUAAUGUUGAAGUUGUUUUUCCCAUGCGGUCUAUUACCCCAGCUUCUCGUAUGGCAUAUAUCGAUAAUAUGUCACUGGUUCAACUCAAGGCCUUGGCUAAUCAACUCAAUAUAGUUGGGGUGUCCAAAACUCGGAAGGCUGACCUGCAACAACUGCUUCGCUCUAAGCUGCAAGCUCAAGAUUGGUCAUGACAACAAUCGCUCGAUUCUUUUAAUUUUCAGUCUUAUAUGAAGUAAACAUAGGAUGGUUUCCGAAUUCUUUUGUGAAGGAGAACAAGGAUCAAUAGAGCACUAUAUGCUAAAGAUAAAACGUAAACUAUCAA